AUGGAGAAGAGAUGCAGGGAACAAACUACGUGGAGCUCUGAAUCGAGGGAAAACUUUCACGCUGCAUUUCAUCAUAAGCGUGAGCAACGGGUGUUUUUAAUCAGUGGCGCCCUCCGCAACAGGGACAAGGACCUCAAUCUUAUCAGUCGAGGUGGUCUGCUAGUCGCGAUCGGGGAAGUGGAACUGAAACUGGAAGGUAUGACAGUAGGGCGCAGGCAGUUACUCUACCACAACGGGACACUGGCAGAGUUCCACGAUGGUUUCAACAAGAUAGCAGAGACUGGCAAGAGGACAUUAUCUUCAAUUGUAUCAAAAGUCAAGGCGAAGAUACAGGAAUACGAUCAGGGCCAAGCAUCCAGACAAAAUACACAGCCUACGUGGGGUCAGACAUCUCAACCUCCAUGGGGCGGUGUACAACCCACGCAGCAUCAGGAAUCCUACUACGACCCCAAUCCACCGGGCGAAAGUGGAAUCCGUGGAAGUGGCUGGGCGGACUCCGUUCCUACUCUUGCUCCAAGCCCAACAUACGUUCCUCCAAAUUUUGCCACCAAACCUAUAGCGAACUCUACAUCCGUUGCAACCAAUAGCCCAACAUAUACAGGUUCGUUGACGUAUUCCCCGCCGAACACAGGCAUGGGCAUGUCCCCUCCGCCUGAACUUGCUCGGCAGUCGAGUGACACCUCAAGGCUGCCGUCCACGGGCAUUGGCGCCCCGAGCGGAAUUGACGCUAUUAAAUUUGGACUUCUGCCCAAACGACCUGUAUCACUCCUUCGGGAACAGGUCCCACCUACACACAGAGACGAUAACGAUGAUGAGUUGGAAUACACAGAAAAUCCGUUUGAGGAUAGGUAA